AGCUACUGAGAGGGAAGUAUGAAAUUAUUGGCUCUCAAGGACGACUCGUGUAAUCCAGCUUCUGGAGGUUACAGUGUAGGUAAUCGAAGAGUGGCUAGUAGGGUGCGGUUCUGACCUUUACAAGAACCGUCAGCUGGUCGGAUUCAGCUUUAUUGCGUUAUAGUACAUCUUCCGUUUGGCAUAAUCUUCGUUGAAUCUAUCUUAACUUAUUUAGCUAGACCUGUCUGUGAUGAUUCUGCGAAAUCGCAAACUCACAACAUUUUGGUAUUCAGGCCACUAAAGAUUCGCAAGUUUUUCAGGUCUAGAGUUUUUUUACAAAGCAUGAUCAGAUUUUUCCCAGCAUUGGAUUUUCCUCCCGAAUUUUACCGAUCGGUAAACUGAACUGACACAUCGAGGUGUCAUUUCAAAAGUACAAUCUACAACAUACGAAAAAUAACAAGCUGUAAUGACUUACCCGCACCAAUUUGGAACGAAUACGUUAGUGCAACAUUAAUGAGCAUAUAACCAAACGGAUAAAAAGUGAAAAUAGUUUUUGAUCGUUAGUUUAAGAAUAUCCUAACGGAACAUAUGACUAUAUGCAUGAAGAACGCCACUUUUUCACGUACACUUUCUUACAGUGCUUACGUAUUUAUUAUUUCGUAUCGUGCAUGUAAGCUCAGUAUGCGAAAACAGUUUUAUUCUUAAAGUCUUUCCCAUGGAGUCACUUGGUUUUGAAUUAGUAACAUAACACCUGAUCGAUCAAAUUUCCCGCAACUCUGACACUGAAUCGCUCGGUAAAAACGGUAAUUAUUUAAGCUGGUUUUGUUUUUAGUCCCGUGCAGUGCUUAUUAAAUUGCUCAUUUGCGUUGGUAGAACGUAACUCAACAGUGAUUUCACUGCUUUUCUAGGUUUUGUCUCACUGGUAUUCUAUAAGUUUCUUAUCUUGAUUGUAACAAAAACAAUAGCAACUUAUGAGGGCUCAUAGUACAAGAUGUUCUAACGGUUUUUUUAAAAUAUGGGCCUAGUAAUUUAUGUAUUUUAUUUCUUGGAAGUCACUGGUCUCAAUCCCAGUUGCAUAAACCGGAAAAAAUCCAAAUCACAAAGUCCGCGAAUUAACGUCAAGUUCGUCCACCUGUACUUGUUUACUAAUUUGCUGGAAAGUUUAGAAUCCCUGGUAGAUCCUAUAUUUUGCUUACAUCCUUCAUUUUCUAGGAUAGCAAUUUUUUUUCCGUGUCGAUUACUCAUAUACCGAGAGACCUGCCAUAACAAAAGUGUGCAUUGCUCUAUACUUCGACUAAGAAAAAAAUUGUCUUGGGAAAUGCCUAUCCGGUCAAAACGAAGUCUGCAAAAAGUACUACUCAUUGAGAAAAUUGCGUUUUUGUCUUCCUUCUGGGAAACAAAUGAACGAAUCCUUAGCUAAUGGGAUUAUCAAACCUAUGAUUUGUGGUUUAUGCAGGAAAACGUCUUCAUAUAUCUGUCCUCGAUGUAGUAUUAAUUAUUGUUCACUGACUUGCUAUCGAAAUGAAGCGCAUAAAGACUGCUCUGAAUCAUUUUACCGAGAUUGUUGUAUUGAAUCACUGCGCUGUACCUUUUCUAAAAAGUCAGAAAGAUCACACAUGAAAGAAGUGUUAAGGCGUGAAUCAUGUGCUUUAUCAGAUGACUUCCAGUUAGCAAAUGUGAAAUUUCAGGUAGACAAUGAUUAUACAGAUGAUAAGAAUGAGAGUAUUGAAGAUGAUUUGCAAACUCGUUUGGGUGAUUUAAAUUUGGAAACUGAAGAUGUUAAUGUCAUCUGGUCAUGUUUGACCCUGAAAGAAAAACGAGAUUUCAGUAGACUUAUUCAGUCAAAUGCUAUCGUUCAUUUCAUACCAACGUGGACUCCCUGGUGGUUAGAGCAAAAACCAAUUAUUGAAGAAGUAAAUCAACAGAAUGCUUCAGUGGACAAAUCGCGAACCUUACCUAGUAUUCAAUCGUUAAGUCAACUUUUACCAUCCGGAAUAUCGCCUCACCCUUCAGUUGGGUAUAUUUUAGCAGAUGUAUUGUUGGGAUAUGCUUUUGUUAUGAGAUUUUAUAAUGGUGACUACAUGGACUUAAUCGAUGAUGCAGGAACUCUUCUGUGUAAUAUAGUUUUAUCAUUCACAAAAUCUCAGACUAUUUCAGUCUCAUCACUGAAUACUACUACUUCUACUAAUAAUAAUUCAUCAGAUUAUUUAAAGAAAACAAGAAUAAUUAGAAGACAGAGUGGAAAUAAUCCAACUCAUCAAAUAUAUAACUGUAUAAAUGAAAUUCUUGCCGCAAUUCAAUAUAAACUUAUGGAGCUAAAUUUACCUUGUCAUCCUUCAAUUAUGAUACUAUUGCUUGAAGAUCUUAGUCAUUUAUUAGAUAAUAUUGGAUUUUGUAAUAAAGCACUGAAAGACGUGAAUAAAUUAAUAGUGAAUUUCAGGAAAACUCUACGUGCUGUAAACUCAAAUGAAAAAUUACGAUUAAAAGCAAAUGUUGCUCACCAUAAAAUAGUCUUUCUUCAAGCUUGCCUUGAUGAUAACAAUCAAUUGGCUAAACGUUGGCAAACAAAUGUUUUACCAAAAUUAUGGAAUCAAAUAUCUAAUGAAUUAAUCCAACGAAUUAAUGAUAUUGAAAACUCAAGUACAGAUAGACGUGAUGAAAAAUCUGCUGGUCCAAAUUGGCGCAAUAUUAUUCGAGAUGAAAAUGUUUACAAAAGUUCUUAUUGUCGUACGUUAGUCGAGUCACUUGAUACUAAUAACUAAAUGCUUCAUAAUUUCUUGAGUACCUGUACAUAAUAUACAUAUUUUAAUAUUUGCUCAUGGCAAUAAAUCUAACAUUUUAUCA